AAAUAGGCAAUCAAUUACCAAUUUGCGUAUUCAGGUUGUCAAACAGAUGCCUUAGAGCCAAGUAAGUGGGGACAGAGGUAGCGGGCGAGCGGCCAUGACUCUAAAUCACGACCCGGCCAUUUAGCUGCCUCACUCAUUGCAACGUUUCUUUUCCUUUUCUUUUUAUAUUUUCAAGAGCGCAUCGGUCAGCGGCUAUUAAAAGGGAUUUGACUCAAAAAGGUGUUGUCAGUUUCCAUGCUGUCUGGUUUUUGAAACAUCUAAUUACGUCCUAUACCUAACGGGCUACUAAACAUAGCUGGGAGCUUUAAUUAGGGCCUACCUUCUGGUUAAAAAAAUAAUGCCUAUGUCCAUCGAUUCAUGCUUUUUGAGAGCCUCACUGAAAUAAAGGCGACUAUUAUCAAAUGUCCACCAUUAAAGCUUUGUGUCAUGUUUGUCUCCGAUCAUUAAUAUUUUGUUCAUAAAUUAAAAAGAUGGUGUGUUAAUAUUGUAAAAGCCUCAGCGUGAAGCUUGAUAGGAUUAGCAAUUAAACUGUUUUUAAAAGAAAGGAAAACAAUUGUCAACUUUGGAGACGGUAUGUCUCAACCUGAAAAGCCCUUAAUGAUCGAGAGUAUCAAUAUCGCAGGCGCUUCAUUUAAUAAAUUCUGUAAAAAGCGUGCCUUGAAGGUGUUUCGGAGAUUGGAAGUAGAGAUCGGUGUGCUUGAUAAGAGACAAAUACAAAGUUUGUAGUUUUACGAUCAAUGCGUGAUAAAGGAAAACCUUGUCAAUUUUUACCUGCAGAGCGACAUCCGUGAACUCCGUUACUCGUCUAUAAAGCUCUUCAGCUAAACUGGUAACUUUUUCGGCUUUCUCUUAAUCAAUCAAACAGAAGUAUUAUUCAUUAAUUUCGUCAACUUUUGGAGACAAGAUGUCUCAAUCUAAAAGCCAUCUACAUUUAUUCAUCAUCGAGAGUAUCAAUCACAGAAUUUAUGUGAAAAGUUUCGUUCUUUGGAGUUUGAAAGUCGAGAUAUGAGAGCUUGAUAAGGAUGAAAAACAAAGUUUUGUAGUCUUACGAUCAAUGCGUUAGAAAAAAACCCUUUCAUUUUCACCUGCAGAGAGACAUCCGUUAACUCUGUUGGAUCUCUAAAGCUUGUCAGCUAAAUAGAUUUUUUUCCUCUUUCCCUAAAACCGAACAAAUCGACGUGGAACCGGGUGCAAGAAUGUUACUCUAUACACACAUCCAAAAAUAUUGCCAAAGAAUACUUAAUUUCUUUAGACUUUCUCAGAGUCCUUUAACCUGCCACGCUCCGAGUUUUUCCCGCCACAGCGCGCGUACAUUCAACUCAAACGUCUGGGGCAGCCUUUGUGGCAUGAAAACGUGCGCAGCUGUUUUGGAUCGCAAUUUUUUUUCCUUUUAAGCAAAUGCCGCCCUAUAUUGACAAUAGCUUUCAGUUCAGAUCAUUUCAUGAUCAUAUUUUUUCAGCUUCGUUGGAAUUUGCAACCCAAUCGAGUCUGAGAGGGCUGGGGUAAUCGUAAGCAAUCUACCUUUUUGUCAUCUUUAGGAGCCUAAUUUGUUUUAAACAACAAUGGACAAAAGUUAUACCUUUUAUAACAAUUAAAAUUUUAAUUGUCUUUAUUGUUUUAAUUUUCCAUUCGCAAAGCAAUUAACCGUUAGCGGACCCGUAGCUAAUAUAUUUGCCACUGCCCCACUGAGACCUCCGAUUACAACUUGACACGUGAAACCGACAUGACAUAUGUCAAUUAAGAUGUUAUUAGCGAACAAUAACAGAGGCGCUCCUCAUAGAGCGCCACAAAUGCGUUAGGAAAGCAUCAUGGCCGUCGGUGAAAAAGCAGAGUACAGUGGGAUGCUUAUGGAAGAACCCAACGGGAAAGUGAAAUACAAGUAUGGGGGCGCUAAAAUUAUCUCCAGAGAAAGACUUGCAGUGCUUGGCCUAAUUGUUUUAGGGAUUGUCCUCAUCACAAUCGGAAUUGUCUUGCUCGUUCUUGCGAAUUCGAGAGAAACAAAAUGUGGAGGUAGAAUUGUAAAUAAUAACACUGCUAGAACUUCUAGCGGUGCUUCUUUUCAGGUGGCCAAACGAUGCCAGCCCUCAGAAGAAGGUAAAAGAGUUGGUCUUGCUGAAUUUAUUGACCGGGUGAAAGAAACGUACUAUAUACUUCACCCGUACAACAUUCCGUACCAUCCAGAUGUCGAUCACUUCAGUUUGGAAAGCUUCGAACGAGUGAAGAGAGAGUAUGUAGCGUAUGACCCUACUCCUGCGGUGAUCAAGGAACGAACAGACCUCUCUGAACGUCUGCUUCAAGAAAUCAAGGAUAAAGAUAUCAAUCUCAACGCUUUGAGCCCCAGGGAAAGAAAAUCUGUUGCUCAGAUUAAGCAUUAUCUCCAACAUGUGUUCGGACAGCCUUACGAUGUGAAUUAUUAUGCGGGUGAUUGGAUGAUGGGACCGAAUUUAUUCUGUUGGCAGCCAGUUUGUUAUCAUGGAUACGAUAUUUACAAUGGUAUUGGACUUUAUCACAAGCCUUUCAAUGCUUCCGACGUGAAAGCCAUUAAAUCCAAACUAGAGACCCACAAGGUUUCAAUUUUGCAGUACAUCGAAAAUAUGAAGAUGGGAAUUCGUAAGGGGAUGGUGCGAAGCGUUGAAGAAUGUGUCGCAGGCACGGAUUCAAUUAAAAGGAAGUAUUUGAAUGUAUCACUCUACAACGAAACAGGUAAGGUGUGUGAUCAAACAAAAUGUCAUCUGUUUACAGACGGAAAGUAUUAAAGCUUAUAAAAUAAGCUUAUUAAGAUGAUAUAUCAAUUUGACCUCACAUAAUCUACCUGACCUUUUUAUGAAUUUGGCCAUUGUUGAAUUUCAAAUUGAUUGAUCAAAUCACUGCAGGUCAGGUUGCUCUGCAGACAAAUUGUCACGGCAAUAUCUUCUUACUGAAAAAUAGGAGCAGAACACUCCAGUUGCAGCAUGAUAACAACUGGGGUGCUGGAGAUUUUCCUCCUCUGGGCUUAGGGCAUCCUGACCGAUGGCCGAGGGGGGAAAGCUCGGGACUUGCAAGCAGGAGGUCCCGAAUUCAAGCCAUGCCCUGGCUGCAAGGAGGUAGCAAGUUCAAAUCCUUGUACCUAGCCAUCGGGCCCACCUCCAGUUGGUUGGGAUUUUUAACCCUGUUAUACUGGAUUAAGAUUGUUAUUUUAAUAUUUCAUUUCAGUCACUGUUUUUGCUUGGUCUCUCUAGCCUCUCUGCUGUUAACACUACCAAGGGUAAAUAAAGGAGUUGUUAUUGUUAUUACUCCUUGGCUAAAGGGCCAAAGCAAGUAUUUUCAUUCUCUUAUCCAGAGAUAAAUGCUGAUCAAUGAAGGCAAUGAGUAAUCAGUGGGUGAUCAAUGAGUUUUAGUGACUCAAGGUUAAAAAAUAAAAUUUAAUGUUAGUCAGCAUGGGCCACUAGCCACUGCAAGAGCACAGCCCCAUAGUUAUGUAGAUCUCAGGGAGCUUUUAAAAAUGCAACAGCAGUGGCAAUGGUGGUGGAAAAGUCAAAAAAGCAAUAGGUUUUAAAUACAUGUAAUUAAGCAAGACAACAACUCUGCACAAGCAUCAUGCUUAAUUGGUAUAUUGCUUUGCUGUAACUCCAUGAAUGCAGCAUGAAACAUCCUAAUUCCAUGUUUGUAUAGUGGGUGUAAUUACAAGACAGUGAUUUUUCUUUUCCUGACGCUACAUGACGUCCUUGAGAAUUCAAGUGGAAAUAUAAUAGUGAUGAAGACCAAGAAAGUACGACUUCUGUUUUUAAGUUAUGUUAUUGCUGCCAUUGCUGUUGUGGUUACUUAAGCUCCCUCCCUUGCUAUAUUUUGCAAGUAUACUCACCCUUUCCUUCUAGUGACUGCAGGAUUUGCAUUCUACCCUUAUAGGUUUUUUCUCAGUACAAAGUAGAACAUUGUAGAGAGGCCUAAAAACCUUCUACUUUCAAUAUGAUCUCCUCUUUAUAUUAUUAUUUUUUAAAAUAUUUUUCUUUAUCUCUUACUUUUUUUCACCUGUAGGGAUUUGGAAGGAGUGGUUUGUGGAACCACUUAUGGACUCUGGAUUUUAUAGUAAUAUAACAAAAGAAGUGGACAGUGAUUGGGAAAAAGAACAUGGGAUGAAUGUUAGUGAUUCUGUCAAGGAGUACUUGCUAACUUAUGUGGGAAAACCACUCCACCAACUUAUAAGGUAGAAGUUUUCUAGAAUUUUCUUCGUAACCCUAUUACACAAUAUACUACAUUAAGAGCUAAAUGAUGGGACCUGGCUCAUUCUGUUUUUCCGAGCCUUUUUAAGACAAUUUUUUGCUCUGCUUCUUGAUAAUUAGCUAAAAUGCAUGUACAGGCCAUACAAUUCUGUAUUUGCUACAGUGUAUAAUUUCUGUUGAAACCUGUGAUCAUGCAUAUAACAUGUGAAGUUAAGACUGGGAUUUUGUUUUCUAAAUAUGUGAGACAUGGUAUGAAUGAAUCUCCUCAAUAUUUGUAAAUAAGCUGAUAUUGACCAGCCAUGAUAUUGUUAAUUACUGUAUUAGCAGCAGCAAAAAAUUUCUUGUUGCAAUUAAUUAGUACAAAUAAAAUAAUGCCUUUUAAAUGGCCUGGCCCAAUAUACUGAUCGGUAGAAUUACUGCUAGUAUGAGACUGUCAGUAACACAUUACUUCUAGUCAAGGGUUAAGAAUGUAAACUGUGCAACCACAUCCUUUUUCAUUGUAAUCAUUAGCUGUGGUAACACUACAGACUUUUACCUAGGUAAAAGCAAUUUACCUAGGUAAAUUCAUCAAAAAUUUCCCGAGGUAAAUUCAUCUCGGGUUUUGUUUUACGUAGGUGAAAAAUUCUGGGAAGGUCACACUACUGAUAUCGGCUCCCAAGGUUUCACGCCAGUUGACUUUUUGGAGCGUAAAUUUAAGAAGGCAAGAUGCGCAGGGAUCUGGCUGAUCAAAGAGACAUUUUUUUUCUUUUAUCUCGCUGUUAUUUCUUACGCUAAUUCAACUUGCAAGGUGAAGAAAGCCGAAGACGUAGACGACUCGUGCCCCCAAAAUUUCUUUCACAGCGUGAGCUAUGUCCGGUUCUGUCAUCAAGACCUUCGCCGAUGAGCGUCGAUUGGCUAGCAACCUCGGUAUUUUAUUUUUCCCUAGCUAUCGCUUUGGGGUAGCAGUCAAGGGAAACUCUUUUGUUCUCGAGACAUAUCCAAGACCCAGAAGAUAAAAUUUCCCCGAGGUAAGUUACCUAGGGAAAAAUCGGUCACACUUUAAAAAUCAAGUUUCCCUAGGUAAACUGUCAACAAGUCGAAUUUACCUAGGUAAAAAGUCUGUAGUGUGACCACAGCUAUUGUAUACAUUUACCAUCCCAAAUUACAUGAUAAUGAUUGUAUUUAACUGUUCUUGUCAACUGCAAAAAUUUGAUAAUAACCAUGGAUCAGGUUUCGUGAGUAGGCAAGAUGAUUAGAUGAAUCAAAUCCUAGUGUGUUAGCUGAUUGGCAGCUUGAAUGGGCAGGAUGGGCCUGCCUAACACAGGCUAUUGGGUGUACAAAUAAAAUGCGCUUAUCCUGUAUCUACUCUUAAUAAACUCAACACUUAUUAUAGGCACUGUGCCUGAGUUAUAAGACGUGAGACUUUAAUAAAGUUCAUUACUUGUUAUUUUUAUUAUUAGGCCAUAAUGCCACUCUUUCACUGUUCAUUUCCAAGGUUUGCCUGGAUGGUAUCAUGUUUAAUCCCUCCCUAUUGCUCUCUUUGUUGUGUAGAUUUUUAGAAGAAGAAUACAUUGAUUAUUGUGUGCCAAGUAAUGUAUCUAGUGGACUCGGAGGUUUACCACUCAGUUCUGUGUGGUACAAAGGUAAAGAGAACAAGUCUUGGCCUACAGACCCAACUUUGCCAAAUGGUGACAAACUGGAUGGACCGUAUUCAUAUUCUCUUAUCAUGCCAUAUUUUACCACAAAUGACAUGACGCCAAUUGAUGUCCAUAAUCUUGGCAAGAAGCAGCUGGACAAAUUGUAUCCCAUGGUAAGAACUUUUUCUAAUAGCUUAAUUAUUUAUUUGCUUAUGUGCAUUUACAUUCUAUAAUAUUGUCUAAACACUUGUCUGUAGCUAGUGCAGUGAUGUUAUGCUUACAAUCUUGAAUUUGCGUGGUGAUUGAAAUGCAGUGGAUAGUGUUAACCAUGUAUCUAUAUUUAACUUUUAUUUACAAGUUUAACAAACAAAGUUUUAAAAAGGUACUUGAGUAAUUGUUUGAAGGAAAAAGGAAGAAGGGAGUUGACAGGGACAUUGCAACAGCAGUCGAGGCCAAUUAUUGCAGCAAAUCUUAGUAAAAAUAGCCUGCUGGCAGAGUCCCUUUGAUCUUUCCUAGAUCUUUCACCUUCCUAGCUUAUCUAGGAAUUAGAUAGACUUUGCUUGCAGGGUAGAGUUUAUAGACUUUUUGCGUUUUUAUGUACUUAGACAACGUUGAGGUCCAAGAAAAUGCAAAAAAAAAAGGUUUGAAAUGGGCAAAUAUUCAGCUAUCUUGAACUCUUGCUUGGUCAAUAAUAUUGGUGGCUUUCACUUUCAGGUCAUCAGAAAACUAAAAUCAAAACCAUUUAAUGCCUAAACCGAAACAUUGCAGAUAAUAUAGACGAAUGUCUAAGAAUAGACAACCUACCCAAGUCUCAAUUCUGUAGCAGUGCAGCUUUCCUCUGCUGAGUCAUUCUCCAAAAUAUGUGGCUCAGAAAGUUUUAGACCCAGUAUAUGGGGCCCUAAUGCGAAGGAGACAAAUUUGGCUGCCGCAUAAACGUAUGCACUUUGAUUUUGUGUCUAGCUUUUCUACCAAUAUGAUCGUUUCCUGAAUCCACUGAUAACGAGUUUGUAUUUACCUUAAUAUUCUAAAUCUUCCACUGUCCACAGGGUAGACUUUCUCAAAGUCCUUCGCCUCUGAAAACAUAGAAAAUUCUACCGCCAGCGCUCCGCGCUCGUGAAAGAAUUUGAGCUCGACUUCUAGGCAGGUCUAUCCACACGGCAGCUUCCAUCAGUUCCAUGGUCGUCAUUUUAACGUUGUGAGUCAAAAAUGUAGGAAAUGAUGAAGAGUUCUUUUUUGAAAACUUGCAAAAUGGUUGGUUUUAAGAGGUCAUUUGCCCGGUGGAAUGGAACCUUUUAAUUUUAUUGUGAUAUUUUUUUUCUAACGACCUUACGUGAGAACCCAGACUACACUGCUUGUAUGGGUCGUAUGGCGAGUAGGCCUGAGGCUCGUCAAAACUCCCCCCACCCACCCACCGUUACUUUUCUCUGUUGCCUCAAGGCAAUUUGGUACCUUUCAAAGAAUAUAAUCUGGGAGUUAAUAGGGUUGUAUAUUAGUUGUGUUCAUCCAUUUUUUUACCGUCCUUAAUUUCUAGGUGGUAGAAAUCGCAAAAGAGGUAACUGGCCUAAAUGACAGUGAUGAAGCUGUCAGAUUCUUCAGGCAAAAAUUAAAUUCCACAGAAAGCUUUUUCAAUGACGCUUCUAUUCCAAAGAAUGAGUCGAACAAAGAAGCUCAUAAAAAAUGCAGUAGUCUUCAAGGUGCAGAAAAACAUUGUCCCACAAGGUGGGCUGCAAUGCAGUUAUGGUUCAAAGAGGCAAGAAGGGUAAGCUUUUUGUUACAGUUCUAUAACAACGGAACCACUUUGCUUGCUCCUCUACCAGCUCCUCUUUCUCGCUUUUCUUGGCCCUUUUUUUUCCUUUUGCUGGGUAUUUACUAAGCUUCAUUUCGAUGGCAAAAGUUUUUCGCAAGGCGUUUAGGAUCGUAGGGUUAGAUGGAAGGAAGUGCAGGCGGGUAGUGGGAAAAAAUUUUAUGGGAAUUUUCGGGUCAAUUUUACAUGGUUUUUGGCCCUUUUCUGUGGCUUCCUUGACUGAACCAUGCUCAUUCUGGUACGGUUUGACAGAUCUUUCCCCUCUGCACUACCCUUGGUGCCAGAGGCUUUUCAUGCGCGCUUUCCGGGUUUGGUCAAGUCUUAAAAAGUGACCCGCGCCUUCGGUCGAACACGUGUCGGCUUGUGGCCGACGAAACAAAGCUCCCCGUUGCACGCGAGAAAAAACCUCUGGUGCCCAGGGUACCUCUGCACGCGAUAGAUGACAAAUAGCCUGCUCCAGGACGUAGAUCCGCAGGAGCGGAUACUGUUGUUUUAAGUACAGAUCAAAUCAUUCCGCCACUGAUGCAAUACCACAAUUUCUUUGGGAGCUAACCCCCUUUAUACGUUUUUUCUCUAGAUACUCUGGAUUUCCAAUAACACUUAAGUGUGCAUGGUACGAAUGCGCUUAAACUACUGGUUAGGAGCUCUUUAACGUUUCGUUGGAAAAUCUGAAUUGUUUUAACAUUAGGGAACUUAAGCAAAGCCGUUUUUGAGCGACGCACGUCGACCGGAAGUGAGGCCUUCUCCCUUCUCAUAUGUCUUGACGCUAACAAAUUUGUAUUGCUAAGCUUCUUUUCUCUUAUAAAGACGAUUUACCAAAGAGUUUCAACAGAACCACUGCCCAAUGAUGCAAAAAGUCCACUUCCGGUUGAGGUCCGUCGCUCAAAAACGCUGUUGCUUAAGCUCCCUAUUUACAUUCUCAGGUGAUGAGUAUGCUGGACCCCAAAACAGUGGACAUGUUUUACUUUACUGGUCCUAAACACACCACACCAAACUGCCCCAUAGACCUGGUCCCUGAUCUCAACCCGUCAAGUGGUGCCCAGAGUUAUGAGGGUAGUGAUCCCAUUUGCUCAAGAAAUGCUUUGUACAAUAUACCAUUUUUCUUGGAAAACCUAGGCCCUAGGUUCUCUGAAUGGAGUGUAAAUGCACAUGAGGCAAGGCCAGGACAUCACACUCAGGUCUGUAAAAUACUUAUGCGCAGCUUUGUUUUUAGUCGUGACGUUGUUUGAGUGGGAGUCGUAAUCGGGUCGUAAGAGCGCUUAUGACCAAGCCAAAAUCAAAAAUCCGAGUCCUAAGCAGAGUCUUAAGCGAAGGCUUAACCCCGAAGGGAUCUGUGUCGGAAGAAUCAGAACGUUUCCAUUUUCUUCCGACUCCGCUGAUAACUCCGUCACUUACGAUGUAGUGAAAAACAGAUUGUCGCCUGAGUCGGAAGCAGAGUCGUUAGCUCGACGGAAUCUGAUUCGAAAGAAUCAGAACGUUUCCAUUUUCUUCCGAUGUUCUUGUGAUUCAGUCGCCUACGGUCUCGUGAAAACCAGAUUGUCCGAGUCGGAAGCAGAAGGAGAAAGAUAAACCAAUCACAAUGUAUGCUUGUCCCCACGCUUUAUAAUGGGACUAGCUCCUUCGUAGCCUGACGAAACGGCCGACAUUUCGCGACGCCAUCACUGGUUCCGUUCCGAAAUGACGUCGGAAAAACGAGCGCUGAAAUGCCAUACUGAUGACGUGUCACUACCCAGAACUGGGUAGUGCUUCUGAUUGGAUGAAGCAAAUUUCCCCCGCGGCUCGGCCAAUCAGAAGCACUAUACCCAGAUCUGCGUAGUGACAAGUCGUCAGUAUGGAAUUUCUACGAUUGUUCCUCACAGGACAUUUCGAGGGGAAAUCAGCGGUGGCGACGCUAAAUGUCGGCUGUUUUCUUAGGCUAGUUUCUUCGCUUUUGAUUAUGACCCCCUCAAUCUUGUUUUCUCUAAAUCGUAACUGCCGGGGUCCCUCGUAAGCGGAAUCGGAAAGCUUAUUUUACUUGAUAAGAACCUGACUCCGACUCCUCUGCUAUUAAAGGCAGCCUUAACAGUCGAGCCUGUACACAACGGCCACUGUGAGGAUGAACUGAGUUUUGGAUGGCCUUUGGAUGUAAGGGUGCGAUGUAAUCGGUUAUGAACUGCGAUAAAAGAAUUGUCAUAUUUAAUUGGUGAUUGCGCUAGUGAGCUAAAAGAAUGGUCAAUACAAAUUUAGUUGAUAUUGGCAUUACUGAGAGAGAUUCUUGUGACAGAAUGGCCAGAACUUCAGAGCCUCUAGAACGUCAAAUUUAUAUUUGUUCGAAGUACUCUGUCUGAUGAUCGUUAUGGUGAUGAUAAUGUCUCGGACAAGGAACAACAAGUCGUCCUCUAUACAUUAUGAAAAGCUCAGCAUACAAUGGCGCCACUGGCUGCCGUUAUCGGUCCAUUUACCGUAUGAGCUUACUAUAUUAUGUUUGAUGGGUUAAGUGAUGACAGAGGAAGAGAUGAACCACACCACCGGCGAAACUUCCACUCUUUUCAAGUAAUGUGGGUUCUGUUAAUUCUUCGUCGGGUUCACUGAUUAAAAUAGACCUUUUUAGCUUGUAUGUUUUUUUUGCCUAUUCAGACCACGUUAUGUUCACCAGGGAAUUUGCCUUUUGUCCUAUCAUAAAUUAUGUAUACAGUACGUGCAUAUGACGUCAUUUGAAAAAAAAAACGGUUUUCUGGGGUACCAUCACAUGGCCUGAAAUGGGAAAACAAAACAUACAAGCUAAAAAGUCUAUUAAAGAUUGUUUAAGGAGAUGACCUUAAUAAAAGACAGCGUCAGUGAUCUUACCAGUAUUUUUUAAGGCUUCGGUUGGUGGUCCGGCUGGGGCUUGAACGCGGGUUUCCCUCUCACCUGAUCGGCGCUAAUCCAACGGAGCUAACCGGGCGACGGUCUAAACGAGUAUCCUUCUCUUUUCUAUCUUAAAGGUCCAAGGGAACACGGAGCACUUCCGUGACGACUGCGAGGAUGCUCUUACGUGGCUGGACAUGGAGACUUAUUAUACAGCGUUUACUGAGGGCUGGGCCCUGUACAGUGAGAAGCCCCUUAUCGCAGAUGACACUGACGCUUACAAUAAUGAACCAAUGCAGAAGUUUGGAAUGCUGAAAUGGCAGGUAUAGCGUGAUUAACAGAACGAAGGAAAAUACAUACGCUUUUUUUCCCUUUUGCUCGGCAUUUACUAGGCUUCAGUUCGGUGGGAAAAGGUUUUGCAAAUGCCCCGAGUUACGUGAAUUAUUUGAAAAGAAGUGCGAGGUGUUAGUGUAACAAGAUUCUCAUUGUAAUUUUCUGAUCAAUGUGACAUGUGCCUUUUAAAUGAUGCUCACUCAUUCACAUUCAUGCAUUCGGGUAUGUUUCGAACGAUCAAGGUUGUCUAUAACCGUCGAUAACGUGACAAAUGGUACAAGAGACGAGCAUCCGCAAGAGCGGAUACGGCGAGUCAUCGCCGAGGUAUUUGUUAUUUCUCUUGUUGGUGAUGACUUUGAUGAUAGCUUUAUUAGAGUGUCUGAGUUAUACUAGCUUGUAUUCAAAAGACAUAGUAAUUGGGGAUACCUUCGGACUUGUUUUAGGCAGAGAUCCCCUGUGGUCUAAGAGACCGAUCAGGAAACUUAAGCUUUUGGAGUGGCUUACAGAGAGUUGGACUGUAUUUUUUGCUUUACAAUGAACAAAAAAAAAAUGAACCCCGCACCAAAUGAUAAUAAACUAGAACGUGCAAAGUGAUCAAACUAUCCUUCCGAGUUGUUGACCGAAACUUAAGCCCUGUCCACACGUGUUUGAAAAGGGAGAAUUUUUUGCCCCGUUUUCCAAACAUUUUCGCGUCCACACCUUGCGUUUUUUAAUCGUUUUUGCCCGUCCACACAAAAACGCAAUAGUAACUGAAAACGGUACCAUCUUUGAUGGAAGCAUACGCAUUUACUGGUAUCCAACACCGCGACGUAAUCGCUCCGUUUUUAUCUAUCCACUCAAGUAAAGCCAAACGGGGCUUUCAAAACCAAACAACUUGAAUUUGACUCCUUAUGACUUGUUUAUGUCGCCUGCGUUGUUACUUAUGUAAGUUUUCUUUAUUAUGGGAAAUCUCCAGUCUGGAGAGUGUUUUUAAAGAUGCAUUUUCGGCGACCGCUUUCACAGGACAAUGGCGGAUCCAGACCUUCAGAUAAGGGGGGGGGGCUGGUCAUUUAGACCCUGAGAUAAGGGGAAGCUCGUAUCCAAAAAAAUUUUUUCCGGCCCUUUGGGCCUCAGUUUGGUCUAAAAAUAAGAGAGGGGCGGCCCCCCCUGGGCCCCUCCCCUGGAUCCGCCACUGCAGGAUACAUAACGGUGAGGUGAGGCAAGCCGGAGAAAGAAAUCUCCCUUGUCAAACAAAACGGAUACGUAUACGAUAGCGAUAUGUAUUAUUUUGUCAUCUUUUUUUUAGAUUUGGCGGGCCAUAAGACUAAUCGUGGACACUGGGCUUCAUAUCAAUAGCAGUUUCACCAGGGAUACCGCUCUAUGGUAUUUUGAUAAGUAUGCCUGGGACAAUACCGAUCUGGCACAAAAAGAGGUACAGUAAACGCGUAAACUUAGAACCUGUCAUUUCAUGAGAAAGGCUGAAAAUUGGCAAAUUUGAUGUGUAGUGAGAAUUCUAACCGGACUUGACAGAUUCGUAGACAUAUAUUCUGAUGUGGAGAAUCUAAUUAGCUACUGCUUUAGUUUUAGCGAAUUGUUAACCAUGGCAAAAGAUAAACAGUUAGAAAGGAUGCUUACCGCAAAGUUACCGGCCUUUCCCGCCGCAUUCAAAUCAACGAAUAAAACAAGGAUGAAGGAGAAAAGGUCAACGGUUUAUCGUUACCACCCAAUGAUGGGAUCCGGCAUUUGCUUGUAAACAGCCAGAAUAGUUUAACUUGUUUUCUAAAGACACCAGGCCAAUUGCAUAAAGAAACUUAAGAUUAAGUAAGUGAGAAUUAUUGACGACCAUUCUAUUUGUCUCGGCGUAAUUAUAUUUCUUUACCAUACGUGAUAUCAGGGAUGACUUGCAAGCUCAAAAUUCCGGCCGUUCGGUUUAAAUCAAAUGGAACGGACCAUUUCGGUUGUGUCCGACCGGAAUAUUUGGGACCACCUUUGAAGAACACCUUUAAUCUUAAUGCUUUAGGCAUCCGGGACCUAAUCAGUAUGCAUCUGGGCAUUCCACACUGCGAGCCUGCGGUGAACAAACCGACCUAACCCAGCGGCGGUUACAGCAAGCUUUGUCUUUUUUUUUUUACAGGUGACACGGUAUCAGAGUGACCCUGGUCAGGCUACAGCUUAUAUGAUUGGCCAGAUUGACAUAAUAAAGGCCAGAAAGUAUGCAAAAGAUAAUUUAAAAGACCAGUUCAGUCUACGUGAUUUCCAUUAUCAGGUAUGGGUAUUUGAUCACUGAUCAAAGCUUUUUUAUUGCCCGUGAGACAAUUCAGAAUAGCCUAAAGGUGAUGUUACACCGGACGAUUCGCAACGACGAUUUUUAGCGCAACACAGCGUUACAAUAUUGGAACAAUGUUGUAACUAUUAGAAACAAUGUUGCAACAAUGUUUCAACGCUAUGUUGUGCUAAAAAUUGUCGUCGCGAAUCGUGUCGUAUAACAUCGCCUUAAUAGUAGAAGGCCUCGUUUGUGUGGAGGAAAACUUGUCCCCUCUGGUUGGAGGGGCCACUCGCUUAUCCGAGAAACACUGGGCGACUGAGCCAACCUUUUCUACUUUUGCCUACAAAACUUGGUGAAUAGACUGUUCACAGUGCCCUAUUUUUCCGUAAGAUCGUCGAGAUCGAGCACUUUGCGUUACGCAGAGUAUUUUACAGAAACCUUGCUUUGUUCUAUCUUCGCGUUUUGUUAUUACCGUUUAUUAUUUUGUUGCAAAAUAAACAUACUACACUUGCUUAAAAUGGUGAAAAAUUUAAUAAGCGCUCAGCCUUCAAUAAGCACCCACUCUCAAGGUCCAAAAAUUUAAUAAGCGCCCAGGGCGGUUAAUCGAAUAAAUACGGUACCUCUCGCUUAGGGCAAAAUGGUGGCUUAGGGGAGGGUGGGAGGGCAGUUUCCCAGAAACGUAAAAUGAUCCCUUUUUUGUCCAUAAACGUUCGCUCAAGUUGACUCCCUUUGCUGGGAGAACUUUUACCGGGACAACUUUUCCCCAUAUAAAUGGGACCUAAUUGGACUAUCCUCUGACACUUCUUUGUUAUAAACCUUAGUCCGUUUACAAGCUGGUCAGUAGAUACGCGCAGAUAACUAAUGAGUGGUGCAGUUAACUAAUGAGUGGUCCAGAUAUCUAAUGAGUAGCGGAGAUAACUAACGAGCGGCGCAGAUAACUAAUGAGUGGUGCAGAAAACUAAUGAGUAGCGCAGAUAACUAAUGAGUGACGCAGGUAACUAAUGAGUGGUGCAGAUAACUAAUGAGUGGCGCAGAUAACUAAUGAGUGGUGCAGGUAACUAACGAGUGGUGCAGAUAACUAACGAGUGGUGCAGGUAACUAAUGAGUGGUGCAGAUAUAUAAUUACUGAGAGGUGCAGAUAACUAAUGAAUGGCGCAAGUUGCAAGUAUUAGGUAAGUGAAAUGUUGGCGUCGUUUAUCUACCAAAAUACCGAAUACUAUGACGUUUAUCAUUAGACUCCAUUUACUUCAAGCGAAGGCUCUGUAGCAAUACGACGAGUCUCUCCUAUCAGGAGCCGGACAGUGUAAUACGCUCGGCUUUGUUGAAAGAUCUCCUUUUCCAAAUGCGACGCAACAAUGUAAUUCCCAAGAAGCUGUUGUGAUCCCGAGGGACGAGAAUUCCUUAUAAUAGUGAUGGCGGUGUUUGUCAAUUUCAUUUUAAAAGCAUAGUAAAACGGGCAGCAAAAUGUACCGAUAACUCAUGCUGCAAAACGAAAUGAGAAGCGAUGUUGCGCGUUUUACCGCCCACGGAUCAAACCUGUCUUGCAACAAUUCAGGUUGUUGCAGGUUACGAAAAGUUGUUGCAGAGUAGGGAGUACUGGAUUUGCAAAUUUUAUUGAUGAGUGGAGUCAGUGUGACUCCUACUUCACAAAUUUAGGAGUCAUUUUGGAAUAUUUGGAGUCAAGUAUCAGACUUUCCAGCACAUGGUCCUGGCAUGUAUACACUAUCGUGAGGGAUACACGAAGUAGCGGUGGCGGUCCGCCGACCUGGAAAGCUCAAAUCCACUAGUGGCGGUCAUCGAGUUAACUUUGAUCGUAAUUUACCCUCUUCCUGUUUUGUCGUGCAGUAUAAUUCUUUAAUUUUGAUGAUUUAAUUAAGGUUUAGAACGUUAACAAUUAACGUAAAUUGUAUUUGUUGCCAAAAAGGUAAGGACAAAACUGUGUUUGUUACCGAAAAUUUCUGGAGUCGAAGUGGCUCCCUGUUUGUUACCGAAAAUUUUUGGAGUCAAAGUGACUCCCUCCGUAACCUCAGUGGAGUCAUCUGAACAAUUUUGCGAACCCUGGAGUAGUUCUACUUUUUGCAGCAAAACAUGGAGCGCUUUAUCGUGACGUAAAUCCCGUGUAUAGCAUGACUCCCCCGUAAUUCUAUCUAAUCAGAAGACAGUAUUCACGCAGCUUCCAACAACCUGAUGUGUUGCGAGACAGGUUUGAAUGUGAGUGGUAAAAUACGCAACGUAACUUUUCAUAUCGUUAUGUAACAAUGUUACAAAAAAAAAAAAGUCUCACUUUUUUUAUUGCCCGUUUUACCUUGCACUUGUUCCCUCUAUACUGGACAUCCGGCAGUUUGACUAAGUAGAAAAAAAGACCGUUAAAAUACCAUUAAAUUGUGACGGAUCGAAACAAACCAAUGACAUUUAGAGUCUUCACAGCCAAUAACAUCACAGGUUAACUGACCAAUCAAGUCAGUAACCGGAGUUUAAUACCAUCAACUGACGUGGGACAUCUUACUGAAGAUGACUACAACAGAUGCGCUGCUGUCCAACCUUCUCGUCUUUCCGAGGUUGUCAAAGCGUCAGUCACUGUCAACAACAGUCCUAUUCAGGACCACACUCACCCAAAUACCACCUACGUAUGAAAUGACUCCUGGGUUGAAACUUUGUAAAAAACAAAACGAACACUAACUUCUUCAUAACACCUUCCUUAGGUUCUCGCCCAAGGCUCGUCUCCUAUAGCGUACCUUUUCGAUCACGUGAAGAGAUAUGUGGCCUGCGAACUGGACAGCGGAAAAGAGGGCUGUGACGUCAUUUUAACUCCACCAAAAAAGGUCGAAGCCAUGAAAAGGUCGAAAAAAAAGGGACGCUGGCCUGUUAUUCCUAAACCUCAUCGACACUACAAUUGAAAUAUAUUGUUUAGAGUCAAUAGAGCUCGGACAGUAGAAACAUAAUAUUAUUAUAUAAUGAUGUUUACACUAAUCUGUGAAACUGGGCUUUCUGGUCCAUUUUAUUCUGCGGAAAUCGCUUUAUUUAAAGAAUAUUCAGUUUGGGCUUGCUCUCGUAAUACAUCCUCCCAACACACAUUUGUGUGAAUUCACUUCUGGCAGUAUAUUCAAAGAAACAAAGAAACCAAAAAAGCAGCACUCGUCUGUCGCGCUUAGUCGAUGCUAUGGGCUCUUGUGUACUCCCAUGGCUGUCGGUCUGCU